AUGGCGGCCACCAUUGACGCGCUAAUUUGCACGACAGCAUUUCUCUUGUUAACCCUCACGGCCCCGUCUCCUUCCCACGCCACCCGCCACCGAUCUCCUCCGAUCAAAGGCAUCUACUACCCGUCGUGGGCCCGCUGGACUCUCCCUCCUUCCUCCAUCGACACGACCCUCUUCACGCACGUCUUCUAUGCAUUCCUCACCCCCAACCCCCUCACCUUCGAGUUCGACAACAUCCCUCCAUCCGACGCCCUCUUCAUCACCAACUUCACCUCCGAACUCCGCCCGCAUGUCCAGACCUUAUUCUCCGUGGGCGGCGCAUCCGAGGGCCCCUCCCUCUUCUCCCGGAUGGCCUCGGCGCCCUCCUCCCGCGCCGCCUUCAUCCGCUCCAGCAUACGAACCGCACGAGAGCUUGGCUUCCAUGGGAUCGAUCUCGACUGGGAGUUCCCUCAGAACGCAGCCGACAUGGACAACUUGUCGGCCCUGCUCGACGAGUGGCGCGCGGCCGUCCGUGCCGAAGCUGGGCCGGGCCGGGCCCCGCUCCUCCUGACGGCGGCCGUGUACUACGCGGCGGACGGGUUUUUGUCCGGGGCGCCCCGCGUGUACCCGGCGAGGUCGGUGGCUCGGAAUCUGGACUUUGUGAACGUGAUGAAUUACGACUACAGGGGCGGGUGGGACACGAGUGCCACGGGGGCUCACGCCGCGCUGUUCGAUCCGCGGAGCAACGUGAGCACGAGCCGAGGGCUGGGGUCGUGGGUGAGGGCGGGUGUGCCCAGGGGGAAGGUGGUGAUGGGGAUGCCGUUGUAUGGGAGGACGUGGCGGCUGAGGGACCCGGCAGUGGCUAGUGGGAUAGGGGCGCCAGCAGUGGGGGUGGGGCCAGGAGAAGGAGUUCUGAGGUAUGCAGAGGUGGUGGAGUUCAACAGGGAGCGCCGGGCGCGGGUUGUGUACGACCGGGAGACAGUGUCGGUUUACUCGGUGGCGGGGAGCGAUUGGGUCGGGUACGAUGAUGUCAGGUCCGUGCGUGUGAAAGUUGGCUACGCCCGGGGGAUGGGGCUGGGCGGCUACUUCUUUUGGGCGGCCAACGGUGAUUACCAGUGGACAAUUUCACGGGCAGCUUCGCAACUAUGGUCUUCCUAA